ACGCGGGCCCACGCUGCCGUUCGCCGCCCCGGGGCCCCUUGUUCUCCGCGCCGCCGUCGCCGCCAUGUUGGGUUUGGAGCCGCAGCGGAGCCGCCGCCGCCGCCGCGGCUGAGCGAGGCCAAACGCGGAGCCCGCCCCGCCCCGGGGCCCUGGGAGCGGGGCCCGGACGGAGCCUGUCGGAGUCCGGCCGCGUCCCCUUCCGCGGAGCGAGCUUCCCGGACCCGCGGUCGCGCCUUCUGCUCCCGGCCCGAGCCUAGCCAGGGAGCCCCCGAGAGGCAGCCAGCGCCAUGGCGGAGCAGACCUACUCCUGGGCCUAUUCCCUGGUGGAUUCCAGUCAAGUGUCUACAUUUCUGAUAUCCAUUCUUCUUAUUGUCUAUGGUAGUUUCAGGUCUCUUAAUAUGGACUUUGAAAAUCAAGAUAAAGAGAAAGACAGUAGCAGUCCUUCUGGGUCUUUCAAUGGCAACAGCACCAAUAAUAGUAUCCAAACGAUUGACUCCACCCAAGCUCUGUUCCUUCCCAUUGGAGCAUCCGUCUCUCUUCUAGUAAUGUUCUUCUUCUUUGACUCAGUUCAAGUAGUUUUCACAAUAUGUACAGCAGUUCUUGCAACAAUAGCUUUUGCUUUUCUUCUUCUCCCGAUGUGCCAGUAUUUAACAAGACCCUGUUCGCCUCAGAACAAGAUUUCCUUUGGUUGCUGUGGGCGUUUCACUGCUGCUGAGUUACUGUCCUUCUCUCUGUCUGUCAUGCUCGUCCUCAUCUGGGUUCUCACUGGCCAUUGGCUUCUUAUGGAUGCCCUGGCCAUGGGUCUCUGUGUCGCCAUGAUCGCCUUUGUCCGCCUGCCUAGCCUCAAGGUGUCGUGCCUGCUUCUCUCGGGACUUCUCAUCUAUGAUGUCUUCUGGGUAUUUUUCUCAGCAUACAUCUUCAAUAGCAAUGUCAUGGUGAAGGUGGCCACACAGCCAGCUGACAAUCCCCUUGACGUUCUAUCCCGGAAGCUCCACCUGGGACCCAAUGUUGGGCGUGAUGUUCCCCGCCUGUCUCUGCCUGGAAAAUUGGUCUUCCCAAGCUCCACUGGCAGUCACUUCUCUAUGUUGGGAAUUGGGGACAUUGUGAUGCCUGGCCUCCUGCUGUGCUUUGUUCUUCGCUAUGACAACUAUAAGAAACAAGCCAGUGGUGACUCCUGUGGUGCCCCUGGUCCAGCAAAUAUCUCUGGGCGCAUGCAGAAGGUCUCCUACUUCCACUGCACCCUCAUCGGGUACUUCGUAGGUCUGCUCACUGCUACUGUGGCGUCUCGCAUCCACCGAGCUGCCCAGCCCGCCCUCCUCUACCUGGUGCCAUUUACUUUAUUGCCACUCCUCACCAUGGCCUACUUAAAGGGUGACCUACGACGGAUGUGGUCUGAGCCAUUCCACUCCAAGUCUAGCAGCUCCCGAUUCCUGGAAGUAUGAUGGCCACACUAGAGUGCCCAGAAUGGCUACUGUCGCCCUUUUCCUCACCACGUGGUUCUGUUUCUUAAAGCUGGCCUGGUACUCAGAGGCGUACCUGUUCAAGAAACUGCAGUGUAACUGGAGUUUGCGUCUGAAGGAAGCGUGUUUGCAGGGGAGAGUGCUGGAGCUCUGCCAGCUCCUCUUCCUGCACUCAGAGCUGGAGCCCAGUCCAGAAGUGACAGGCCUCUCCCUGCACUCCUGCCUCCUGUUUUUAUGGAUCUGUGCACCAGACUGUUACUUUGCAGGGAGGUGGAGAUUUGACUGGUUUUAAGGUGCAAACAGCAAGGAUUCGUUCUAGAACUUUUGAACACUAAAAGGAUAAAAAAUUUAGCAAACCGAAGUUUCUUCAGUGAACCCUCCAGAACUUUGGGACCAGUUUCCUAUGGGGGACUCCAUUUCAGAGAAUCAAGACAGAAGCUCUUCUGUCCUAUUCUUCCUUUUUUUGGAUUUAUUAAAUAUUUUCUGUGGUGUGAAGUGACUUAUUAAAUCCACAGACCUUGAAUGACUUCUUACAACAUACACAUAAGAAUUUGUUGUAAAGAGUUCAUGUCCACCCAGACGUCGUGUUGGCAGUGAACAAGGGCACGGUUUUUAUACAUACGUACAUAUAUAUAUAUAUACACACACACACGCGCGCGCGCACAUAGACUUAUAUAUAUGAAUAAACAGAGAUUAGAACCUGCUAA